AUGGACAUGGGAUGUUUCUUAUGGGCAGGCGCUGCAGUUCCAAAAGGCUCCCCGGCAAAACGGUGCCUUUACUUCAGAUUUUCCAUUACCUUAUUUCCGGGCAUCAGCUACUACCGAGAUGAUAAAACCUUUGAUGAUUCGCAGUACGUCCAUGAAAACCAUGGAGUUGAAGCAGGCAUCGUAGCAGUACAGAACAUUUACGGUGCCAUAAUCGCAUCGGUUAAGAAUUUGCCGCAGGAUGGAAGCGACGAUGAUGCCGCAGAUGAAAUGGAGGAUUUCACCACCCAAUAUCCAACAGAUGAAGGUGACCACGAGACGAGUGACGAUGGCGCCAGGAAGGAAGCUCAAGUCGACCAAGUCGUAUCGCACACGUCGCGCAAGCGCAAAUGGGCUAGCCCUACAGGGAACAUUGGGGAGGUUGUUCAAUUCGACUAG